CAGCAGCAUGGAGGACGGGUUUCCUGGAAGAUGCUGAACGACCGGGAGCUGCUGCUUUCCCAGAUCCGUCCCCCCUGUGAAGAUGAGACCAUGGUCCCGGUUCUGACCCACAGGAAAGCCAGCGAGCUCCCCGUCAACGAGGUGGUGUGUGUGCUGCAGGCCGACCCGGUCCGGGGCCUGACCCAGGAGGAAGUGUCCCGGAGGAGGAACUACCACGGCUGGAACGAGUUCGACAUCGGAGAAGAAGAACCGCUAUGGAGGAAGUACCUGUCCCAGCCGGAUCUGCCCGGCGGAUGCUGAACACUGGCCGGCGUGGCUCCGUGGCGCAUCGCCGGUUACCGGUGAUCAAACCGACAGAUUUGGCUGAAAAUCUCGGAGGAUGAAGCUGGUCCAGCCUGGGACAGACCCCCAAGGACCCAGCUCCCAAACCACCCGGGAACCUGGAUGAUUUAACCCGGAUCCGCUCCGCCACGGCGCCGCGUCCGACUGGCUGAAGGAUGCACCGCUCCAGCAGCGGAGAGAGCUGGUUGUGGGCGUGGUUUCAGCAGCGGAGGCUGAACCUAUGGAGAUGAGCGCCUAUGGUGACGUCACCAUAGGCGCAGAUUCAGAAUGGCUCAAAAAAAGGUCACGUGACACUGGAAGACUCAGUCAGGGGGGGGAGCAGACCCUGCAGAAUUCCAUGGUAUUUUAUCUUCCCUGUGCUGGCAGGGUGAGGGGAGACCACUUUAUAUUUGUUAAAACAAGAAAAAAAACUUGUUUUUCAUAAUAGGUCCCCUUUAACCCUCCUAUUGUCCUCAUUUCUGAAUACACCCUGUGUCCUCCGGGUUAAAAAAAAAUAACAAGAAACAACUUGUUAUUCAUCCCAAAAUGUCUGAAGUUUUCCCUCUUCAUUUGUAUUUCUAUAGGUAAAGAAAACAAAUUGCAAAAAGGAGUUUUGAAUGCAUUUUUAUUCUUCCCAAUGACUUUUUUUUUUCUUUUUUUUUCUCCAGUGAGCAAUUUUAGAUGAUGUACAAUACAAAAAUAUGAAAUAUAACAUAUCCCAUUGAACUAAUUAGCACAUAGGGCAGCAUGCAAGUGCAGCCUUUGCAGAUAUUUAUUACACCUGUAUAUUCCUUCUUUUGAGGGCAGAACUCACAUCUCUUCCUCUUACUUGCUCUAGCUGGGGAAGUUACAUUUUAAGUUAAAAAAAAUAUCGAUUAAAGGAUUUUGGGUUGUUUUUUAAAAGUGGCGGGUCUUUGUGAACCGAGGACAACAGGAGUUGUAAAGUGCCAGGACUCUGAGACCUGAGGAUGGAGAUGAAAGGAUAAGGUUAAAGAUGGAUGAGAGAGGAGCGGCUGCAGUGAUUGGUCGGUCAGAAACACCUGUAG